AUGCCUCAUAUGCAACACAUCGAUGAGUUGAUCAGAGAAUAUUUUUUAUUUCGAGGAUUUACUAACGCAUUAAAAUGGUUUGAUUUUGAUGUGAAACUUGACAAAGAUAAAGGAUUUAGAGUGGACAAACUAGUUGAACAAAUAUUGCAGUUAGUAUAUUCUUAUGAUUUGUCUACAAUCCGAGAGCUAUGGUCACAUUUUGAAAAUAAAUUAUUUUCAAAACUUGAUCAAGACAUAUCCUAUGCUGUAAAAAAAUUGGAAAAUAGUUUGCUCAAAUUUUACCUUAUACACGCAUUAACUAAUAACCGUUCAGACAAAGUAAAUGAGUUCCUAACCAAAAUGACCAACGAUCUACAAUUGCAAAGUGAAUGGAAAGACUGGUUUAUGUUGCCAUACUUGAAAAAUAUUGAAGAUAACCCAUUGUUUGCCAUUUACUUCACCAAGCAGUGGCAAGAUUCAUUUUUUAUCUCUUUACAUAAUUUUCUCUCCAUUGUCUAUCAAAUUAUUCCACGACCUAGUUUGUGUAAUUAUGAAGAUGAUGCGAACAAAAUUCGCAGACUUCAAGAUGAAAUUGAUACCCUUAAACAAAAACUUACUGAUGGAGUUACUCAACCAAAAUACAACACAGUCAGUGGAUCAUUUCAUACUCAACCGCUAGAUAUAAUUGAUGAUUUCUACACAGUGUCUCAGGAAACAUUAAAAAAUACGAAUACUGAUACAUCCAUAAAAUCCUUGAGGUCACUCAUCAGAACUAUUGGUGGAUUGCCUACGAGUCCAAUACUUGGAAAACAAGUAAACAUAAAGCGUAUAUCUCAACCAAUUCCUACUAAUAUUACUACUACUUCUACUACUGAUAUGGGGUAUAAAAAGCAUGUAGGAACCAAUUCAAAACUCAGUACAAGCUUAUCAACUUCUCCUUCGUCUUACAUAAUGAUCAAGCCUGGAAAUACUAGUGAAAGUAGUCGUAGAACUGUAUCAAAGCGAUCAAUAUCAUUAGAACGUGAUUCCACUCGAAGUAGAGGUCCUCGAGAUGCCAGUUUGGACAAUUUAGACAAAAGACAGCACAAAGUACCCCCAUUUCUUUUGCUUAGCCAGGAAUCCUUUAAUGAGCAUAAAACAAAGAUUACUCAAUGUUGGUUUAACAUGUCGGGUUCACUUAUAUCUAGCACAGAUACUGAUGGUUUUUUGAAAAUUUGGUCAGCUGCCCCAUCACCAAAAGUAAUUGGAUCAACUAACUUGAAAAAAGUUGUAUACAGCUUGGAUUGGUUCAAAACUAAUGACCGUUAUACAUUGCUAGGAUGCGACGAUUGUUCAAUAAUUUUAUAUGAUGCUAAAGAAAUGAAAAGCUCUUGGGAACUAAAUCCAUUUAAACAAUCGACAAAUUUAAAAAUACAAUGUGUGAAAUGUGGUCCGUCUGAUUCUACAUUUGUUUGUUCGCUUAUUUCUAAAGACAACAAUAAACUACUUUUAUAUGAUGUCAAAACAAAAAAAAUUGAAAGACAACUGAUAUUAGGAAAUGAUGAUGUAGCCGUUACAUGUUGUGCAUAUAAUCAUAAUGGUCAAUUGUUGUAUGCGGGAUGUGCUGAUGGAUCAGUACGUACAGUUGAUCUCAGACAUAGUGAAAUUGUUGAUCGUUGGACCCCACAUACUGAUCGUUUGAUGCGUCUACAAUUAUCUCCUGAUCAUAAUGAUUGUUACACAUUAGGAGCCGAUAACAAAAUUUGUCGCACUAGUAUGAAUGGUAAUAAGCAGUCGUGCGUAUGGGAAGUGAAUAUUAAGAAAGAUAAUCCACUCAAGCCCAAUGCAUUCAUGAGUCAAGCAUUUACAUUAGAUCAGUCUGGUGGUUAUAUGCUAUUAUGCCAUAGUCAAAAUAAUGGAGGAAAUAUAUAUAAAAUAACAAGUACUGGAUUAAAUGUAGUCUUGUCUCUGAAAGAGCAUCAAAGCAUUCCAGUUGUUUGUGAUUGGUCAUCUCUAAAUCAAUGUGGUACUUGUGUGACUGGUUCAGAUGAUGGAACUUUAUGUAUAUCUACACUUCUGACUCCGUAA